AUGGCGCCCAUCUCUGGGGCCAUGGUGAAGCACGAGCAGAUCCUGGUCCUCGACCCGCCCACAGACCUCAAAUUUAAAGUAAUACUGCAGCCUUUUGACUAUUACCCCAAUGAGAAGAGUAAACACAAGUUUAUGGUACAGACCAUCUUUGCUCCACCAAACAUUCCAGAUAUGGAAGCCGUGUGGAAAGAGGCAAAACCCGAUGAAUUGAUGGAUUCUAAAUUGAGAUGUGUAUUUGAAAUGUCCAAUGAAAAUGAUAAAUUGAAUGACAUGGAACCCAGCAAAGUCGUUCCCCUGAACGCUGCAAAGCAGGACGGGCCCGUGUCAAAGCCACACAGUGUUUCCCUCAAUGAUACUGAGACGAGGAAGGUCACGGAAGAGUGCAAGAGGCUCCAGGGAGAGAUGAUGAAGCUAUUGGAAGAAAACCGACACCUGAGAGAUGAAGGCUUAAGGCUCAUAAUGGUGGCAUAUUCGGAUAAACCUGGAUACACCUCAGCUGCAUUCUUCAGAGAUAAUGUCACCAGUCCUCUUCCUUCACUUCUUGUUGUAAUUGCAGCCAUUUUCAUUGGAUUCUUUCUAGGGAAAUUCAUCUUGUAGAGUGAAGCAUGCAGAGUGCUAUUUGUUCUUUUUUCUCUUGACCAGAAAAAGAUUUGUUAACCUACCAUCUCACUGGUAGUGUGGCCCACAGUGACCAUUCUUUGU